CUCUGAUUAUAUAUUAACAAUCGCAGUUGCUCUUUAGCGUUGAACGACACGUCGGCCGUGUUGACGGCAUUUGACGUGUCCCCGUCACAACAAUGGCGGAUACCGUAGACGAAGCUCUUCAGGGCAGCUGGGACCAGGAUCUAGCUGAGGCUCUGGACUCGGGCAGCUCUGACAUGGAGAUGGAGAGAGGCAUCAUCCAGGUCCAGGAGCAUUCAGCUCAACAUAGGGCCAAGAUGUGGAAGAUCGCUCUAAAUGUCUCUGGAAAAGGAGACAGCCUGUCUCCCUGGGACGGCGUCCUCGAUUUACCAGAACAGACCCUCAUUCACAACCGCAGUCAACAGCUGAUUGACCAGCUGAAAGUAUCGGAGGAAGAGAGACGUGAUAUGGUGUCUGACGUUGAGUCAGUCAUCACUUUCUACUGCAAGUCCCGCAACAUUUCCUUCACCCCAGAGCUGAGCUGGCCGCACCUGCUUAAACCACUGCUGGGGCUUCAGCUUCCCCGCAGCGACCUCUACAACUGCUUCUACGCUGUCAUGAACAAAUACAUCCCCAGGGACUGCGUGCCAAACGGCCGGCCCUUCCACCUGUACAGACUACUGCUGCAGUACCAUGAGCCAGAGCUCUGCUCCUUCCUGGACACCAAAAAGAUCACACCUGACUCCUACGCCAUCAACUGGAUGGGAAGUCUGUUUUCCAGCCACUGCCCUCCAGACGUCACCCAGGCUGUGUGGGACUGCUACCUCCGGCAGGCCGACCCCUUCCUCAUCUUCUUCCUCAUGCUCAUCAUCCUCGUCAAUGCCAAGGAAGCCAUCCUUUCAGACGAAGGAGGCAGCAAAGAGGACAUCAUCAAAAUGCUGGAAGCGUCUCCUUCUCACCUGGAAUCGGAGGACAUUGAAGAUUUGUUUUCUCUGGCCCAGUAUUACCAGAGCAAGACCCCUCUGUCUCUCAGAAAGAUGAACCAGAAUCUGUUUGGUAGCAGCCUGGUGGCUCUGAAAGAAGAGGACACUGACCUGAGUCAGGCACUGUGUCUCCCUGUGUCUGUCCCUGAGAUCCUGCAGGCCAACCAGCUGCAGCAGGACGGGGUACGUUUCUUUGUGGUGGAUUGUCGGCCUGCAGAGCAGUACAAUGCUGGGCACCUGUCCACGGCCUUCCACCUGGACUCCGACCUGAUGCUCCAGACCCCCUCUGAGUUUGCUCUAUCUGUGAAGUCCCUGUUGGAGGCUCAGAAGCAGUCUUUAGAGUCGGGCUCCAUUGCCAGCGGAGAGCACCUGUGCUUCAUGGGCAGCGGUAGGGAGGAGGAGGACAUGUACAUGAACAUGGUGUUGGCCCAUUUCCUGCAGAAAAACAAAGAAUAUGUCAGCAUUGCUAAAGGAGGUUUCAUGGCCCUCCAAAAGCAUCUGGUAGACAUGAAUAUUGAGGGUCUCGACUCUUCGUACAUCCACUGGAUCGUCAGCACGUCCGGAUCUCACAGCAGCCUCAGCUCUGCCGAUGGAGAGUCACUAAGUAGCCCUGGAGACGGCAAAGGCGUCAAGUCUUUGGUCAACAAAAUGACAUUUGCUCUCAAGUCCAAGUCAGUGAACGUAAAGGAGAAGAUGAUCAGCUUCAUCGAGAACACCUCCACCCCUGUAGACAGAAUGUCUUUCAAUCUGCCCUGGCCAGAGAAGGUGAUUCCAGAUCGGCACGUGAGCAGCAGCGACCACGUCGGAAAACCUUACCGGGGGGUGAAGCCUGUUUUCAGUAUUGGUGACGAGGAGGAGUAUGAUACAGAUGAGAUCGACAGCUCAUCCAUGUCAGACGACGACAGGAAGGAGAUUGUCAACAUUCAAACCUGGACAAAUAAACCAGAUGUAAAGCAUCACAUUCCAUGUAAUGAGGUCAAAGAAACUGGCCACAUGUUCCCCAGCCACUUGUUGAUCACAGCGACUCACAUGUACUGCCUCCGGGAGAUCGCCUCGAGGAAAGGCUUUGCCUACAUCCAAUCCAGACAAGCACUGAACUCUGUGGUGAAGAUCACAUCCAAAAAGAAGCACCCAGAACUGAUUACAUUCAAGUUUGGCAGCAACAACUCAGCUGGAGUGGAGAUAUCAGCAGUCGAAAGAUAUUUGAUACCCAACGCAGGCGAUGCCACCAAAGUCAUUAAGCAGCAGAUCAUGAAAGUCCUAGAUGCUCUGGAGAGCUCGUAAAGGGAGACGGCGGGGUCGUGACGGCCAGCUGUAACACAAACUGUAACCAGAGUCUCUGUCUGCCGAGAGUGAAACCUUGUCCCGCUCUCCCUCGGGUGUCCUCCCUGCUGGACACACCAGUGCAGUGUUGACUGUGAAGCCCUGUGUGUCUGUGUUUGGGACAUGGCGGGCACACUGCUGGCUGCGGGGCCUGUGGCACAGGCUGUGAGUGUUGAAAUACUUAGGUGCUCCACGGUCGUCCAACCAUUCUCUUUCACUAAGUUAAAAAAACAAUAUUGGUUGUACUGUAUGUUUUUCUUAAUCAUUGAUAAAACAUGGGAUCUACAAUUCUACUUUGGCAAACUUCCCUCUGGCCUUAAGGUAGCGUACUGACCGAGCUCUUUAAUCACUACAUGACCGACCUUUUCCUUUCCACUUAAAGCAUCUCAGUUCUGACCCAGCUGUUUUGUAGGGAACAGUAUUGCAGCUCAGUCAUGUCUUUUAGUUUCCCUCUCAGACCCCCUCAAA